CAGCAGUUUCGAGCGGGUAUAAAACGGUAGUUCGAAAUUUUUAUCGAUAUAGUGAGCCGUAGUUUGUCAAAGAGAAAAAAUCGUUCAGUGAAUUAUCAACGAUAUGGAGAUUUACCUGGUUUUUACUGCAGUUUUGCUAUCUCAUCUUCCUCUAGCCUUCACCAAUUUCGCAUAUGUGGGUCUCCACGGGCCACAACAUUGGGGAGAGGAUUACAACGAAUGCGUAGGAAAGCAUCAGUCUCCAAUUAAUAUCGAAGAGCACAUCGUCAAAAAUGUCAGCUUUCCUCAACUUCAAUUCCUCGGCUUCAAGUCCUCACGAGGGUGUUCUAUAGAGAACAAUGGACACACCGUGAUGAUGAAAAUGAACAAGACUGACGGUCCAUCGAUUUUUGGUGGACCACUGGGCUCUCACGAAUAUGUAUUCGAGCAGCUCCACUUCCAUUGGGGUGAGAAUGAUCAUGAAGGUUCCGAGGAUUUGAUAAACAAUCACUCUUUCGCCAUGGAACUUCAUGCUGUAUUUUACAACAAGAUUUAUGGAUCCUUCCAACAAGCUAUUCAUCAUCCAGAUGGAUUGACCGUCCUUGCAUAUUUCUUCGAGGCAAGUGAGCAGGACAACCCAAACUACGCAUUAAUAGUUGAAUCGUUAUCGCUCAUUGAAGCCGUAGAUUCUUCCACCAAACUCAGUCCAAUGGCCUUAGAGUCACUGCUCCUUCCAAACCCAGCAGUUCUCCAGGAUUACUUUACGUACAACGGUUCCCUUACCACUCCACCCUGUUCGGAAGUUGUAACGUGGAUCGACUUCAAACAAGCGCUACCUCUCUCCCACAAUCAGAUCGCAGCAUUCAGGAAUGUUCGAACUCCAGAGGGAGUCAAGCUAACGCGCAAUUUCCGACCUAUUCAGCCCCUGGAGGACAGAGUAGUUUACCACAACAUUCGCGUCCCAAAGGACAAAUCCCACUCACAUGACUUUGGCGGCUCUGGCCAGUCUGCAUUGCACGUUUCCUUGCCGAUUGCACUUGGGGCUAUGCUCCUGACGACUCCCCCCGAAAUCUGGACUGGUGUCGUAGAUUUAUUGACACCGAUCAGAUAAUCAGGAUGAAGUUUAAUAGGAAAUUUACAAAAUGACACUUUGAACGAGUCGGUCGCGUUUACCUUGUAAAUUAAUGGCAGAACUGGAUUCUGUCCCCAAUCAAGACAGAAAAAAUCAACAUCCUGUUUAAUUAUGGAAACUGAACACGGUUCAUCUCACCAUAUGAACAUUCCACUAGUCACAAUCACUAUGAUAAAACAAGAUCAAAGCUCAUAUGAUGUUUUACUGUAUAAAAAACCAAUAGAAUGUAUUAAGGAAAAUUAUCUCGGUUGUUUAAGAAACAAAUAAAAUUUUAUGAAUUACAGUUACAA